CAGAUAUGCAGUAACUUCUGUUUAAUGCUGUCGCAGGCUCACUGCUUCUAACAUGGUAUCAUGAUGCAAAAAACAUAACAUAAACCUUUGUCCUCCCUAUGUGGACAUUUAGAAAUUAAAUUGUGUCAGAUGCGGAGAAUUAUUAUUUAUAUGUGUGCAUCGAAAACCUUGAAGAAAAGUACAUUCUGAAAAAAAUGGAACUCAUUUAGGAGUAUCAAUGGAAAAUAAGAACUGAUAUGCGGCAACAGAAAAACAAGUUACAAUGUCUUGGAUUUGUUGGGUGCUUGUAUUCUGCACUGCAAAAUAUACUGCAGCUACUGAAGCCAUUCAUUUUGGCUUGAACUGCUUGAAUAAGGAGCAAACCUAUAGAUACCAGGUUUUUGACAAGGAAAACGUUUUUAUUCCAUGUGGUCAGCCUUACCAAGAGCAGCAUAGCGCUCCCGUGUGUGAAAACUGUAUUCAGUGGUUCUUGGAAAAAGAUGGGGAAUUAAAUGAGAUUGGAAUUAACAAACAUGCAAACAUUACAAAAAAGGGCAAUACCCUUUUGUUUUCUCCAGCAGAAAUCCAUCAUUCGGGAGUGUACAUUUGCAAGAUGGACAAUGUCUGUUUAAGGAUAAUCCUUGAUGUCAGAACAAAGGAUAUUUGUUUGACAUAUGAACCAAGUAGUAAAUAUGUUUUAUUAAAUAUAAAAAAUACUAUUUCAUGCCCUUCGCAGAACUGUCACCAUGGCCUGAACAAAUCAGGAAUUAAAUGGUACAAGAAUGGAAAAAAAAUCAUCGAGAAGCCAACAAGAACAGGUUUAAAAUUAACUGGUAAUGGAGUUGUCAUCACAGAAACCUAUUCAGCUGAUAGAGGCCUCUACACUUGUGAUUAUUCUCUGUACCUGAAUGGAAGUUUGUGGACAGUGAGAGCAACUGUUGAUGUUGAAGUUGCUGCAAAAGAGACUGAGAAAAAGCCUGAAAUAUUGCAUCCAAAAGAUGGAGACCAUGUUGAAGCUGAGCUUGGAAAACCUCUGAAACUAGAGUGCAGAGUUGUUUUCGGCUAUGAAAGGUAUUUGAACGCUGGCAUUGACUGGAUAAAGCUGCAUCCUGGUUCUAAAGAAGAGAAGCUCGAACGGACGCACCUUGAGGCUCCUAAACAAGUUGUUGAAGGAACUGGAACAACAUACAUUCUAACAAGCACGUUGCAUAAAGUGUCUAUAGAUGACUUUAAUUCCACAUUCCUUUGCCGCGUAAGGAAUUUCGUAGGCACCGCUACAAGUGUGGUCAAACUAAUAAGAAAAAAAACAGAUGUUGUGUUCCUGGUAUAUAUAUUAUGUGUGUCUGUAUUAUUACUACUUAUACUACUGAUAGGGAGUGGACUGAUAUAUCUACAUUGGACGGAAAUAGUAUUGCUAUACAGAAACUACUUAUCUAAGGAUGAAACUCUUGGGGAUGACAAAGAGUUUGAUGCCUUUGUUUCAUACGCAAAGCACGAUUCUGACUCUCAAGAAGAAACUUUUGAAGAUAGUUAUGGCGAAGAAGUAUUUGCAACACAAUUCCUCCCUAGUGUGCUGGAGGAUAAAUAUAAUUUCAAACUUUGUCUCUUAGAAAGAGAUAUUCUUCCUGGAGGAGCUUAUGUCGAAGAUGUUGUGAAGAUUAUUAAAAGAAGCAGAAGAGUCAUUGUCAUACUAUCUCAACGAUACAUCACAAGUCCAAGUGUAUUUGAAUUGCAAGCAGCUGUUACCUGCAGUUUGGAAGAGGAACCUAUAAAACUGAUCCUGGUUAAGUUUUCGCCUUUCAAAGAGCCAGAAUCUUUGCCCCAUAUUGUCAAGAAAGCUCUGAAUGCUCUUCCUAGACUAGAGUGGAAAGGAAAGUUAGAUUCUAGUGCUUCCAUAGACACCAAGUUCUGGAACAAAGUCCGAUACCAUAUGCCAGUGAAGAACAACAAGAAGCAGAAGAAAAUGGGUUCCUUACUAAAAUAAAAAUGUCCCAAAAUAAAUGUAAUAAAUAUGAAAUUUAUAGUAUUUUCUUGCAUUGAUUUCUAAUAGUUUGGUAUAGUUUUUAACUUGAUUGUGUUGACUGUAAUAUUUGUAUACUAUUUAUGUAAGUAAAGGACAUACAAUGGA